CAAAAUUGGAAUUCACAGAAAAAAGAUUCUGUUUUGCACAAAAUUAGAGAUGAAUUGAAUAGAAUGACAGCACAACAUGAUCAAGACUGAAAUGAUGGAGCAAAACAUGGAAAGACUACAAAAAUGGCAAAGAGAAGUUGAAAUUAAUCGUCGCUCCUUAGAAGAGAAAAGAAAAGAACGGGAAAAGGAAGUAUUACGUCAGCUCCGUGCCUUACAGACAGUGGCCCAGCAGUGCAAGGAAUUGAAACUCAACCAGGACUUGCAGCAAGCCAAGAACGAUUCCGAUGGUCUACGGGCAGAACUUGACAACGCAAUAGCAGUGAAAGACCAAUUGGAAAACAACUCCAAUGAGCUUGCACAGAAGCUGUGCAGAGCAGAAGAGGCUUUACUGGCAAGCCAGUCAAAGGAAAAUGAGUUGAGGAGAAACUUUGAGGUAAAGAAAUCAGAGGGGCAACUGGAAUAA